UUUGUAAUUCUUUUAUUUCUCUUAUUUUUUUUAUAUUCCUCUUUUUUUUUUUCUUUUUACUUAUAUCAUAAUCAGUAAUGACUAGCGAAGCGUCAUCUCUCCUUGCUGGGUCAUACAACGCAAACGAUUUUCGAGUGCAUCCAUUAUCGGCAUCACCGGCUCCACCGUUAUUCAGUUCAUUACCGCCCAACAAUGGGCUUAAUAAUGCCUUGUCGGAAGAUGUUACGACCAUCUUCGUCGUCGGGUUUCCGGAUGAUAUGCAAGAACGGGAGUUUCAGAAUAUCUUCAUGUUCUCGCCCGGCUUCGAAGCAGCAUCCUUGAAAUGGCAUCAGAAAGAUGACGAUGACGGCACAAGCGGUUCUGCAGGGGGGAAAAAGCAAAUGAUUGGCUUUGCUCGAUUUCGCACUCGAUUGGAAGCCUUGGAAGCGGUGGAAGUGUUGAGCGGCAAAAAGAUUGACGUGGAUAAGAAUGCAGUCCUGAAAGCGGAAAUGGCCAAGAAAAACUUGCACAUCAAACGAGGAUCCGUGGCACCCAAUACUUUGGGCAGCAAUGCUGUUCCAUCCUCAUCUUCGGCCGCGGCAGCCCUAGGUCCUGCGAGUGGUAGCACAGUGGCCGAGUCUACCUUGCCUGUCAGCAUGUUGUCCCGAAAGAUGAGUCAGUCCAUGCACUACGACUUGUUCUCACCACUGCCCAGUGAUUUAUUAUCGCCGGCCGAUUACAAAAAUGAUGCGUUUUUGACUUCGGCGCCUUCAGCUUUCAACGAUUCUUUGUUUGGUUUGCGGUCGCAGUCUUUUGAUGCACAAAACGUACUUAAUAUGGUGUCGCCUCGAGCCGUGAGUUUCUUUCCGCCUCCUCGGUCAUCGAUAUCCGGUCAAGAAGACCACGAUCCCUACAGUUACCUUUCGAAAUCGUCGCCGGCACCCAAUGAUCCUGGCUUUGGUAGCAUUUCUUCGCUUUUUGAUGACGCCGAUCUUUUAAGUUCUCGCAUGGGAUCGAUGUCCAUGUAUCCUGUCGAUUAUCGUGGCUCUUUCCGAACCCCGAAUCCCGCCGACCAAAAUCCCCCGUGCAACACGUUGUACGUCGGCAACCUCCCUCCCAACACCAGCGAGGACGAAUUACGACAAAUCUUUUCAAAGUGUCGAGGAUACAAACGGUUCUGUUUCCGUAGCAAGCCCCAAGGUCCCAUGUGUUUUGUCGAAUUUGAAGAUGUCGUGUAUGCCACCCAGGCUCUGGCUGAAUUGCAAGGUCACACUUUAUCCAACUCGGUCAAGGGCGGUAUCCGUCUCUCCUUCAGCAAGAAUCCAUUGUAUAUCAAACCCACCAAAGACACUACCAACGGCAACAGCAACGGCACCAGCAACAGCAAGCUAUCGUUGGGACCGUCGGGUUUGGCGGAUCGCAGAGACAUGGUGUUUGAUCCUCAAUUGUAAUAGCCGGUCUAUGCGUGUUUUUUUUUCUCGAAAGAUGGUGAAUUCAUUUGUUACUUUAUACUUUUUUUUUCUAACUCUUUGUUUUAUCAUUUCAACUUGUUCCCCUGCUAUUUCAUACUCUCAGUAUUACCUCGUCUCUUGUUCUAUCAUGUUAAACUAUGCAUUCAAUUUUUUUUUUCAUCUUUGCACAUCUCUCCUCCUAUUCAUUAUUUUUUUUUCUCUUACAAGCACAUUUCUUAGCAUAAAUUGAUUUCCUUGUAUUCCUUCUUAUGAAUUGGUUUCUGCUCUCGUUUUUUUCUUUUGGCAUCCCAAGCAUUUUUCAAAAUAUAACAGACAGAGUUCUUUUCACCUCCUUU